CUUUUUCUGGGGAUCCAAAGUUGUUUCUUCCUCUUUAUUUUCCCAUCUCCUUCUUCCUAUCCCAAACUCUCUGCAUUGACUCGACUGAAUUGCCAUCGCGAGUCUUUCCGCGUUCUUCCUUUGACUUUGUCGUUAUCCUCCCCAUCCUUCCUCUCUCUUCUUUCCCGCCUCCCGCAUCCCCUUGCCGACCCACCCCGCAGCGAUGUCGGCCUCAGGUUCAGAAUUGCCCACCGCUGGUUCUUCAGCAGCUCCCAAUGCUUUGAAGAAGGCAUUCCCUCAUGUUGACGUCGAGGGUCACGAUCUCCCUCCUUCCCCUACUCCUUCUAGCCCGCGUACGGGCAAGCGCUAUGCCAUUGCUACUGAGCUUGUAUACACCGACUCCAAUGACCAGUACAACGCGAGCAGUGUCCCGAUCUACCAGAGUGCCACAUUUAAGCAAACUUCCGGUGGUGGAGGUGGAGAGUAUGACUACACUCGCUCUGGUAACCCGACCAGAACGCAUCUCGAGCGACACCUAGCCAAGGUUAUGUCCGCUCAGCGUGCUCUGGUUGUGUCCUCUGGCAUGGCUGCUUUGGACGUUAUUACACGAUUGCUUCGUCCUGGUGAUGAGGUGGUGACUGGUGAUGACCUGUACGGCGGUACCAACCGUCUCCUCAAAUACCUGUCGACCAACGGUGGCAUUAUUGUGCACCACGUUGAUACCACGCAGCCAGAGAAGGUGGUUGAGGUGCUGAGCCCGAAGACGGCGAUGGUUUUGCUCGAAACCCCCACGAACCCGCUCAUCAAGAUCGUCGACAUCCCGCGCAUCGCCGCGUCGGCACACGAAGCCAACCCCAACUGUCUUGUGGCUGUUGACAACACCAUGAUGUCUCCCCUUCUGCUGAACCCGCUUGAGCUGGGUUCGGACAUCGUCUACGAGAGUGGUACCAAGUACUUGUCGGGUCACCACGACCUUAUGGCGGGUGUCAUUGCCGUCAACGACUUGGCUCUCGGAGAGCGGCUGUUCUUCCCCAUCAAUGCCUCUGGAUGUGGACUGUCGCCCUUUGACUCGUGGCUGUUGAUGCGUGGUGUGAAGACACUCAAGGUCCGGAUGGACCAGCAGCAGAGCAACGCACAGCGCAUUGCUGAGUUCCUCGAGUCGCACGGCUUCAAGGUGCGGUACCCCGGACUGCGGUCACACCCGCAGUACGAUCUCCACCACUCCAUGGCGCGGGGUUCCGGAGCUGUCUUGUCGUUUGAGACUGGCAAUGUGGAAGUCAGUGAGCGCAUUGUUGAGAGCGCCAAGCUGUGGGCGAUCAGUGUCAGCUUCGGCUGUGUGAACAGUUUGAUCAGUAUGCCCUGCCGCAUGAGCCAUGCCAGUAUCGACGCAAAGACCCGACAGGAGCGGGCGAUGCCUGAAGAUAUUAUCCGACUGUGCGUGGGUAUUGAGGAUGUGGACGAUCUGAUUGACGACUUGCGACGAGCGCUCGUCCAGGCUGGCGCUGUCAAUGUGACAUUGGAUGGCAUUGAGGCGAACACCUCUGUGUAAUGAUCUGAUGUCGGUUUUUGUAGUCGCCACAAGGCGACUCAUGUCUUUUUUUUUUUUUUUUUUUUUUGUUCAUAUAUCAUCCAC